AUGUUGACCUUCGCUGUCUUGAGGACGUCGGGGAAUGGCCGUCCACGCAAAAGAUCACAGAUGCGCAGUGCUCGUGCGACGACCAGGAGCCUGGUCAGACUGAACUGGUCGCGACAGACCACGCCCAUUAUGGGACCGGGCAGCGUUUCCCUGUGCGAUUCCGGGCUCCAGGAAUCAGUUUCUCCCAGUGUUGACCUCCGCCGUCUUGAGGAUAUGUGGGAGUUCCCGUCCACGCGCAGGGUCAAAGAUGCGCAGUGCUCGUUUACCGGCCAGGAGCAUUACGGGUUCGAGGAUUACGUGGACGACAUCUUCGCCCACCGACUCAAUAUUGAGAGUAAAUACCGUAUUGAGAGGUGUCUUAGAAACCAACCGGAGAUAAGCCCUGACAUCCGAAAGAAGCUGAUCAAAUGGCUGACGGCGAUGCAUCAUGAUUUUGCUCUAUGCCAGGACACGCUUUACCUUGCCGUACAUGUGUUCGACCGAGUGCUUACUGAGAUGGAGGUUUCAAGUGAAUGCCUUGAGCUGGUGGUUAUCGCAAGUCUUCUUGUCGCUUGUAAACAGGUGAAGCAGUCUGAGCUGAUUGUGUUGAUGGCAACCUGUUUUGACCUGAUGGCUCCCACAGUGCUGCAGUUUCUGGAGUAUUAUGCAUCUUUCAGUCUUGUAACCUGUACUGGAGACGCUGAGCUAACUGAUAGUCUGAAGGCUGCGCGUGAUGUGUCUCGUUGUGCGCUGGAGUUGUCCUUACAGGAUUAUGAAUUAUGUCAGUUCCCGCCAUCUGUGCUGGCUCUGUGUGUGUGGAGAGUUGCCGUGGAGAAGGUCAAUUAUACCAUUGACAUGCGCACAGUUCACUACACAUGUGACUUUCCCAAACUCCAGCUUGAGACCUGCAUAGCACAAGUUCACAAGUUCUUCAAAAGUUUCAAGCAGUCCGGCCAGGAAAUGUCCUCACUCUAUGAGAAGUAUGGGAACUUGUAG